GGCCAGCCACUUGGUCUCUCGCGAGGGCCCCCCCCCGUCGCGUGCGUGGGGGCGCGCGCGCGGUCGCGUGCGCGGGGGGGGCGCGCACGCGCGGCUCGGAGCCAUGCUCGCUGCAAGUCCGCAGGCUGGCGCCGAGGAGAGCAGGGCGACUCCCUGCUGGCCCUGGCCCGCGAAUUCGAGCUGCAGCUCGACCGGCUGUCGAGGACGCGCCGCUGCGGCCGAGCACGACGCCGGCGAGGCGCGGCCGCCGGUGCCCUCCGCGCCGCCGCGCCCGGCCGGGGCCGCUGGGGACCCGACGGCUCCGGUGGCCGACCCGCGGACGCGCCGGCUGCCGCGGCGCCCGUCGCCGCCGUGAGCGACGGCUUCGCAGGCAGGCCCGCGGACAGGCCAGCUGCCGCGGCGCCGGGCGCCGCCGUGAACGGCCAAGG